AUGUCGGCAACAGAACAACCUCAGAGGCAGGACUUGCCAGAGGGCUUCCACCACGUUGUGGAUGGUCAAAACCAUCAUGGAGAAGGCCCUCAAAUCAUCAGCACUAGCGGCGAACUCGAAGUCCUCUGCGGUCCUCUCCUAAAUUACCAGCGCAUGAGUCAAGACGGUUCCGAAGUCUUCUGGCAUGGCUCCGUCCUCCUGGUCACAAAACCUGGCCAGCAGCUGCCCUAUCUCACUCUACAGCCAUUGGGCGCACUGGACGGAGCUACACAACUUAACAAGAACUAUCCUGCUCAAAAGGUGGAGGGAUUGAAGCUCUAUGCGGAUCCUAACAAAGCGUUCUGGCGGUUUUCACUUCAACUUCCACUGGUGGAGGUGGAGGCAAAAUGGCAAUAUACAUUUGAAAGCAUACGCUUCUUCUCGGAGCUGACCAACAAAGCACCCUCGAGAGAGUUCGUCGUUCCGGCGUCCACCGAGUCGUUCAGAAUAAUGUUCCACAGUUGCAAUGGCUUCUCGGUUGGCACAGAUGAAGACUUUUGGUCCGGUCCGGCACUCUGGAACGAUGUUCUAAGAACCCACCAGAAGCGACACUUCCAUGUCAUGAUUGGUGGAGGUGACCAGAUCUACAAUGACAACAUUCGGGUCAAGGGCCCUCUCAAGGAAUGGACUGCGAUCAAGAACCCGAGAAAGCGACAGCAUUACCCGUUCGACAACGACAUGCGCAGCCGCUGUGACGAGUUCUAUUUUGCAAACUAUAUCCGAUGGUAUAGCACCGAGCCUUUUGCGAGCGCCAAUGCGAGCAUUCCUCAGAUCAAUAUCUGGGAUGAUCACGACAUCAUUGAUGGGUUUGGCUCUUACACCGAUCACUUCAUGAAGUGUGCCGUCUUCAGAGGGAUUGGUGGCGUUAGCUUCAAAUACUAUUGCCUUUUCCAGCACCAUACGGCUCCUCCUUUGUCCACGUUCACUACUGAUGUCCCGGCCACAAUGGAGGCAGACGCUAAUGGCACUGCUGGAGCAGACCCUCGACAAUUGAAGGAUACCUUUGUCUACAAGAGACCAGCGGAUGACCCCAGCUGGAUUGUUGGAAAACGACCUGGGCCUUAUGUUGAAGAGCGUUCUCGAAACCUUUACAUGCGGCUAGGAAAGCGUAUCGCCUUCUGCGGUAUUGACGCUAGAACUGAGCGCACGCGAAAGCAGGUCAAUUACCCGGAUACUUAUGAUCUCAUCUUCAACAGAUUACGCAAUGAGUUCAAAGCUGCACAAGGAGAGAUCAAUCAUCUCAUACUCCUUCUGGGCGUUCCUAUCGCAUAUCCACGGCUGGCAUGGCUUGAAAACAUCCUUUCUUCGCCAUUUAUCGCGCCCAUCCGACUCCUCAACAAACGUUUCGGUGUUGCGGGAAGCUUUUUCAAUCAGUUUGAUGGUUCCGUCGAUCUUUUGGACGAUUUGGACGACCAUUACACCGCUAAGCAUCAUAAGAAUGAGCGAAGAGAUCUGAUUGUCCGACUCCAACACCUUGCAGCUGAAUUUUCUGUCCGCAUCACCAUCCUUGGAGGUGAUGUUCAUCUGGCUGCCUUGGGUCGCUUCUACUCAAAUCCUGCGGACAACAUGGAUCCCCUUGAAGAUCCCCGAUACAUGCCCAACAUCAUUUCAUCGGCUAUCACAAACAAGCCACCUCCCAAAGCGGUUGCAAAUCUUCUUGCAAGGCGCAACAAAAUCCAUCACCUUAGAGACGGUAAUACGGAUGAAACCCUUAUGACCAUGUUCAAUGAGCAACCCGGCGGCCAGAUGAAGAGUGCCGAAUUCAAUCUUGUCACCAUGCCCAGCAGAAAUUAUGCAUGUAUAACAGAAAUUCCGGACAACAGGCCUAAUGAUAAUCUUCCACCUAAUGGAGUCAAUGGUGAUGCAGUUAUGAACGAGACAGGAGAAACAGAUAAGCAGCGACCCAAGGUCAAAGGCGUAGAUGGCCACAGCCCUUUGCAUAUUGGUGAAGAAGGUGCAGGCACAAAACAUCCGGCUGCAGACGGUGUCAGCAGCGAAGGCCCGCUCAAGGGUGGCUUAAACGUCUCGAUCAGGGUCGAGAUCGACAAUAGCGACCGAACAGGUCAGACUCAAGGUUAUGGCAUGAGCAUACCCAAAUUGACCGUUGUCCAGCAAACGGGAGUCACCACAGAUCGAGGUCAUACACCCAAUUCCGCUGCUUAG